ACUUACAUUACUUUCGAUCUCUUUCGGUUCACUUAAAGUUCGAAGAGAGAUGGCUACGUGGCGAUAUUCAACGAUGCCGGGUGGAGCGGAGGCAGUUUCGAGUCGCAAUGCGGUGGGUAGAUUCGUCGACUUCAGUCACGGCGGUGGUGGAGGUAGAAGAGUGAUCAAAUCGGAUCAGCUGAUGUUGAUUAGGAAGUGGCAGCUUAGGCCGGUGAAGAGAUCGUUUUCGGUGAGGAAUGUGUCGAGUGAGCAGCAACAGAAGGUGAAAGAUCUAGUAACUCAGCAACAAGAAUCUCCAGGCAGUUAUAAUCCUUUCCCUCCAGAUGCUUCAUCUAUUGCCUCUAGUAUCAAAUACCAUUCAGAGUUCACCCCGUUGUUCUCCCCUGAGAAGUUCGAUCCUCCAAAGGCUUUCUUUGCAACUGCACAAAGUAUUCGUGAUGCUCUCAUUAUAAACUGGAAUGCCACGUAUGAUUAUUAUGAAAGAUUGAAUGUAAAGCAGGCUUACUAUUUGUCAAUGGAAUUUCUACAGGGUCGGGCACUGUUGAAUGCAAUUGGUAAUUUAGGGCUUACUGGAGCUUAUGCUGAGGCCUUGAGCAAGCUUGGACACAACCUAGAAAAUAUAGCUUCCCAGGAGCCUGAUGCUGCCCUAGGGAAUGGAGGCCUUGGUCGACUUGCCUCCUGUUUUCUGGAUUCUUUGGCAACAUUGAAUUAUCCAGCAUGGGGUUAUGGGCUUAGAUAUAGGUAUGGCUUAUUUAAACAGCGUAUUACAAAAGAUGGGCAAGAAGAAGUUGCUGAAAAUUGGCUUGAGAUGAGCAAUCCUUGGGAAAUUGUGAGAAAUGAUGUCGCAUAUCCUAUCAAGUUUUAUGGCAAGGUUCUUACAGAUUCAGAUGGAAAGAAACACUGGAUUGGAGGAGAGGAUAUACAGGCUGUUGCUUAUGAUGUCCCAAUACCAGGAUAUGAAACUAAAACCACGAUCAACCUAAGACUCUGGUCAACGAAAGCUCCAUCAGGAGACUUUGAUCUAUCUGUAUUUAAUUCUGGAAAACAUACCCAAGCAGCUGAGGCCCUAUAUAAUGCUGAAAAGAUUUGCUAUGUACUCUAUCCUGGGGAUGAGUCACUUGAAGGAAAAAUCCUUCGUUUAAAGCAACAAUACACCCUGUGCUCAGCCUCUCUACAAGAUAUCAUUGCACGUUUUGAGAGAAGAUCAGGAGCAAAGGUCAAAUGGGACGAAUUUCCUGACAAGGUUGCUGUGCAAAUGAAUGAUACUCACCCAACUCUUUGCAUUCCAGAGCUAAUGAGAAUUUUGAUUGAUGUGAAAGGUUUAAGCUGGAACGAGGCCUGGAAUAUCACCCAAAGAACCGUGGCAUACACAAACCACACUGUUCUACCCGAGGCUUUGGAGAAAUGGAGUUUAGAACUUAUGGAGAAACUGUUGCCUCGACAUAUGGAGAUUAUAGAAAUGGUUGAUGAGGAGCUAAUUCGUACCAUAGUUUCAGAACAUGGUAAAGCAGAUUCUAACUUACUGGAGAAAAAACUGAAGCAGAUGAGAAUUUUAGAAAAUGUUGAGCUGCCGGCUGCAUUUUCUGAUUUACUAGUUAAACCCAAGAAAAGUCCUGUUGCUGUUCCCAGUGAUGAACUUGGAGAAUCCGAAGAGGAAGAAGAAGCAGAAGCAGAAGCAGAAGCAGAAGAAGAAAAGGAAGAAGAAAAACUUAAGCCUGCUGGUGGAAAAAUUAAAUCUGUAAAGGAAGGCACUCAGGGGAAGAAAAAGAAGAUCCCAGAACCAGUACCGGAGCCCCCAAAGCUGGUUCGUAUGGCUAACCUAUGUGUUGUAGGUGGUCAUGCAGUGAAUGGAGUUGCUGCCAUACAUAGUGAGAUAGUAAAAGACGAAGUGUUUAAUGAUUUUUUUCAGUUGUGGCCUGAGAAAUUUCAAAAUAAAACAAAUGGGGUCACACCAAGAAGAUGGAUCCGUUUCUGCAAUCCAGAGUUGAGUAAAAUUAUAACGAGGUGGACAGGCUCAGAAGACUGGGUUUUAAAUACUGAAAAGUUGUCUGAACUUAGAAAGUUCGCAGAUAACGAGGAUCUUCAGAUCCAAUGGAGGGCCGCAAAAAGGAGCAACAAGUUAAAAGUUGCAUCCCUCAUUAAAGAAAGGACAGGCUAUAUAGUAAGCCCUGAUUCAAUGUUCGACAUCCAGGUGAAGCGCAUCCAUGAAUACAAGCGUCAGCUGCUGAAUAUUUUGGGUAUUGUUUACCGUUACAAGAAGAUGAAAGAAAUGAGUGCUUCAGAAAGAAAGAAAAAGUUUGUUCCACGUGUUUGUAUAUUUGGGGGAAAAGCGUUUGCCACUUAUGUUCAAGCCAAGAGAAUUGUGAAAUUCAUUACCGAUGUUGGAGCUACAGUUAAUCAUGAUCCUGAUAUAGGUGAUUUACUGAAGGUUAUUUUUGUUCCCGACUACAAUGUGAGUGUGGCUGAAUUGCUUAUCCCUGCAAGUGAACUAUCACAACAUAUAAGUACUGCUGGAAUGGAAGCAAGUGGAACCAGCAAUAUGAAGUUCGCGAUGAAUGGUUGCAUUUUAAUUGGGACCUUGGAUGGUGCCAAUGUUGAAAUACGAGAAGAGGUUGGAGAAGAAAACUUUUUCCUCUUCGGGGCUAAAGCACACGAGAUUGCUGGGCUUCGGAAAGAAAGAGCUGAGGGGAAGUUCGUUCCGGAUCCUCGGUUCGAAGAAGUUAAGAAGUUUAUCAAAAGUGGCGUAUUCGGAUCUUCCAACUAUAAUGAACUCCUGGGAUCAUUAGAGGGAAAUGAAGGUUUCGGUCGUGCAGACUAUUUCCUUGUUGGCAAAGACUUCCCUAGUUACAUAGAAUGCCAAGAAAAGGUCGACGAAACAUAUAAAGACCAAAAGGUAUGGACAAGAAUGUCGAUCAUGAAUACAGGAGGUUCUUACAAUUUCAGCAGUGACAGAACAAUUCAUGAAUAUGCUCGAGAAAUAUGGAACAUAAAGCCUGUUGAAUUACCAUAAUUUUGGUCAGACUUUUUCAACUAUGGGGACUGCCCUUUUGCCUGUUAAUAACUGCUCUCUUUGUUAUAAUGCAAGGAAAACAUGCAUAUUGUAAUAAGUCAAGCUUCUAUAAAUGCAAUAAAAUUUUGAAUAAGAA